AUGGACAAAAUCAUGUACUAUAUCUAUCCACCUGGUUUUAUGUAUUUAUUACAGUUAAUGUUGGCAAUUGUGAUCCUUUCCCGGAGAAGCUGUGGUCUCUCUAAGUGUAUCACCCGGUACCUGAUAACAAUGGUGGCAGCAGAUCCCCUCGUUAUCAUCACUGAUGGUAUGCUGAGAUGGCUUAUUAUGUAUUUCCCAGUGUCCUUCCUGGAUAUUACACAUGUCUGUAGUCUGAUUAUGAUGUUCAUUCCUGCAACCACAAUGAAUUCUGUCUGGUUGACUGUUGCUUUCACCUUUGAUCGAUUUGUGGCUAUUUGCUGCCAGAAGUUUAAAACCAAAUACUGCACUGAGAAAACUGCAGCCAUGAUUAUUGGAACAGUGAGUGUGCUGAGCUGUUUGGAAAGCAUUCCCUGGUUUUUCAUAUUCCAAUCCAAGUACAUCUUCAAUAAGCUGCCAUGGUUUUGCAUCACAAAACCAGAGUUUUACUCUUCAAUCUACUGGACAUUAUAUGGUGUAUUCCAUCGCCUUCUAUCUCCUUUACUGCCAUUUGUUAUUAUUCUUCUUUUGAACACUCUGACUGUCAGAAAUGUUUUAGUAGCAAGCAAAGCCUGCAGGAGACUCCAGAAGGACAGCGACAGGGAGAAGACUAGUGACCCAGAGAUGGACAAACGCAGAAAAUCCAUCAUUUUACUGUUUGCUAUCUCAGGCAGCUUCAUUAUUUUAUGGACCCCUUAUGUGGUAUGUUUCCUACAACAACGAAUUGCAUUAAUGAAUGGUUAUUCUCCACUGCCCCCAACCGUAGGUACCACCACAUACCUGCUCCAGCUCCUCAGUACUUGCACAAACACUUGUAUAUGCACCGUGACCCAGAGGCAAUUCCGAGAGCAGCUGAAAACAAUCCUGAAGCUUCCUUUGACUCUGAUUCGCAGGUCCAACAAAUGA